AUGACAAUCACCUUACAAGAUGUGGCAGGCAUCUUGGGCUUGCCGACCGACGGUACUGUCAUCAUCGGAUCGACCUCUGAGGAUUGGCACGCUGCUUGUGCUGGUGUUUUUGGACAUGUUCCAGAGGCCGGUGAGUUCCAUCAUUCUGGCGACCUCCGCAUCUCAUUCUUGGAUCGACAUUAUACCCGGUGGACUGAUCAUGAAGGGAAUCAUGCUGCCGAGAUCUACUUCACAAAAGCUCACAUUGCGCGGAUGUUGGGGACUUGGUUGCUGGCGGACAAGUCUGGAGGUAGCAAUUUUGGUUGUCGGCUUGUCCCGUUGCUAGGUGGAGGAUUUGAGGACAUUGGCCGAUUCAGCUGGGGAUCUGCAGUUUUGACACACUUGUUCAGGAAUUUGUGUGAAGUGACAGAUGCCCGUCAAAGCGACAUGGGUGGUUGCCAUAUUCUCCUUCAAAUUUGGGCAUGGAUACGAUUCCCACCCAUUGCUCCACCCCUUCCUCCUCAUCCACAGCCGGGCACACAUUAUGGAUGCCGGUUUAAUGCUGUACAAAAGUUUAAACCUCAUGAGGUCACCCAUUAUCGGGCAACAUUGGACACACUCUGUAGAGAUGAGGUUUGGUGUUAG